AAGACAAAGGCGGAAGAGGUCGACAUUUUCCUCGCUCGACCCGACUCAUUUGCUCUCUCUCUCUAGACCUCCCAAAUCUCUCUCUCUCUCUCUCUUCGAGUACAGAGCCUAAAAGAACAAAGGAAUGGAGCAGGAAGUCGGCCUUUCUGCAACUUGCACCGCCCGCUUUCUUCCUCGCCUCCUAUCCCCAUCACCCAAUUUAUUUUGAUCAUCAAAGAUAGAGAGAGCGUGUGUUUUAAAAAGGUAAAAGAGAGAGAGAGAUGCUCCUUCAUUGAUGUCUCAGGCAAAGCGGCACAGCAGCUGCUCCCCCUCGGCCACCACAAGCAGCGGCAACGGCGGCACGGGCCCCGCCAUGAAGAAGGCCAAAUCCUUAUCUUCCUCUGCAUCUCAACCCCCUUUCUCUUCUUCUUCCUCCGAUAAGCAAAACCCUCGCUUUUUAGACGAGGAUGCCAUGCUUGUCGAUCGCAAAGAUGAGGUCAUUCCCGUGCCUGCAGCGCAGGCUGUGGCGCUCAGUGCAGGGUGCAGUGGCACAGGAAUGGCUGCCAAUUUGUCGAGAAAGAAGGCGACCCCACCACAGCCCACGAAGAAGCUUGUCAUCCGCCCAUUCAAAGAUAAACCCAAAUUACCAACUAAUUUUGAGGAGGAUACAUGGGCAAAACUGAAGUCUGCUAUCAGCGCUAUACUUUUGAAGCAACCGGUGUCUUGCAGCCUUGAAGAGCUAUAUCAGGCUGUUAAUGAUCUUUGUCUUCACAAGAUGGGAGGAAACCUGUAUAAGCGAAUCCAAAAGGAAUGUGAGGAGCACAUAUCAAAAACUAUUCAAUCUUUGGUUGGUCAGAGUCCAGAUUUGGUUGUCUUUCUGUCACUUGUUGAGAAAUGUUGGCAGGAUCUUUGUGACCAGUUGUUGAUGAUUCGUGGUAUAGCCUUAUAUCUCGACAGAACAUAUGUCAUACAAACCUCCAAUGUACGCUCAUUAUGGGACAUGGGGUUGCAACUAUUUCGGAAGCAUCUUUCCUUAUGUCCAGAAGUAGAGCACAAAACAGUUACUGGUCUUCUAAGAUUGAUAGAAAGGGAAAGAUUAGGUGAAGCUAUUGACAGGGCACUCCUUAAUCAUCUUUUGAGGAUGUUUACCUCUCUGGGGAUAUACACUGAGAGCUUUGAGAAGCCCUUCCUUGAGUGUACAUCUGAGUUCUACGCUUCUGAAGGUGUGAAAUACAUGCAGCAAUCAGACGUUCCAGAUUACUUAAAGCAUGUGGAGUUAAGGUUGCAUGAAGAACACGAAAGAUGCUUUGUGUACUUGGAUGCGGCGACUAGAAAGCCACUGGUGUUGACUGCUGAGCGGCAGCUUCUUGUGAACCAUACUGCAGCGAUCCUUGAUAAGGGAUUUACUUUGCUUAUGGAUGCGAAUCGGAUUCCAGAUCUUCACAGAAUGUACGUGCUGUUUGCAAAGGUUCAUGCCCUUGAAUUACUACGUCAUGCUCUUAGUUCGUAUAUCAGGAGUACUGGGCAAAGUAUUGUUAUGGAUGAAGAGAAAGACAAAGAUAUGGUCUCCUGUCUUUUGGAAUUUAAGGCUCGUCUUGAUACAAUAUGGGAACAAAGCUUUAACUAUAACGACGUGUUCUCUAACACCAUAAAAGAUGCAUUUGAGCAUCUCAUUAAUCUCCGCCAGAACCGGCCUGCUGAGCUAAUUGCAAAGUUCCUGGAUGAGAAACUUCGUGCUGGAAAUAAGGGAACAUCAGAAGAGGAGUUAGAGGGUACCCUAGACAAGGUUCUGGUUCUUUUCAGAUUUAUCCAAGGGAAAGAUGUAUUUGAAGCAUUCUACAAGAAAGAUCUUGCGAAGAGGUUACUACUGGGGAAGAGUGCAUCUAUCGAUGCUGAGAAGUCUAUGAUCUCCAAGCUCAAAACUGAAUGUGGGAGCCAAUUUACAAAUAAACUGGAAGGAAUGUUUAAGGAUAUUGAAUUGUCAAAGGAGAUAAAUGAAUCCUUUAAGCAGUCUUCACAGGCCAGGACAAAACUUCCUUCUGGGAUUGAAAUGAGCGUGCAUGUCUUAACGACUGGAUACUGGCCUACAUAUCCACCAAUGGAUGUUAGACUUCCUCACGAACUAAAUGUUUAUCAGGACAUUUUCAAGGAGUUUUACCUGAGCAAAUAUAGUGGAAGACGCUUAAUGUGGCAAAAUUCCUUGGGUCAUUGUGUUCUAAAAGCAGAGUUUCCGAAAGGAAAAAAGGAGCUGGCUGUGUCCCUUUUUCAGACGGUUGUGUUGAUGCUGUUCAAUGAUACUUCCAAGCUCAGCUUUCAAGAUAUCAAGGAUGCCACUUGCAUUGAGGAUAAAGAGUUGCGGAGAACAUUGCAGUCUCUUGCCUGUGGCAAAGUUCGCGUUCUCCAAAAGCUCCCAAAAGGAAGAGAUGUGGAGGAUGAGGACUCUUUCUUGUUCAAUGAGGAAUUUAGUGCACCUCUUUACCGCUUGAAGGUUAAUGCAAUUCAAAUGAAAGAGACUGUUGAAGAGAACACAACUACCACUGAAAGAGUAUUUCAAGAUCGCCAAUAUCAGGUUGAUGCUGCUAUAGUUCGCAUCAUGAAGACCCGGAAAGUGUUGAGCCACACCCUUUUGAUAACCGAGCUCUUUCAGCAGCUCAAGUUUCCAAUCAAGCCAGCUGACCUGAAGAAGAGGAUCGAGAGCCUAAUCGACCGGGAGUAUCUUGAGCGCGACAAGAGCAAUCCCCAGAUAUACAACUACCUUGCUUGAUGCUAAAAAACAAGCAUUCUCAUUAGCCAUGCUUUCGUCGUGCUGCAUCGUGGAUUGCACACAUUUGUGUACUCUUGGUGCAAGGAUGCUGGUAUAUUGUGGGAUAUAUGGGUGUACAGGAAACUUGAUCUUUGUUGUUUACAUACUCCAGCAGUUUAUGACUGGGGGCUGGAAAAAAAAAAAGAAAAAAAGAAAACUCACUCAUUUUAUUUCUCUUGCAGAAUUUUCCCCCUAUUUGGAAUUUGAUAAAUGCUUAUCUUAGAAUGUUGCUGAGGCUCGUGCACAUGCAUCGUAUAGUUGUAUGCCAUUUAUUCAGCUUGAAUGUCAUAGUAACCUUCCAAAAUUUA